UUGUCACCAUGUCACUAGUACCCUCAUUACUCACUUUUAUUUUAGUCAAACUAACAUUUAAAAUAAAAAAAUCUAAAAAUUAUUUGAUAGUCUUUAAAAUAUACAAUGAUUUGCAAUAUAACAUUAAAUAUUUUUUGCAACCAUUUACACAAUGGUUUUAAAACACGUAAAGUAUAUGAUAUGAAAAUUGGAAUUAUUGGAGCUGGAGCAGCAGGUCUAGCAGCACUGAGGCAUAGUAGAGACGCCCAUCAUGAUUGCGAGAUCUUUGAAAAAACAGGUUUAAUAGGUGGGACAUGGAAUUAUACAGAUAGAACUGGAAAGGAUGAAUUUGGAUUGCCUAUUCAUACAGCUAUGUACAAAGGUUUAAGGACAAAUAUUCCUAAAGAAAUAAUGCAAUUCGAAGACUUUGCAUUUCAAACACCCGAAGAUUCCUAUGUCAAACAAUCGGAUGUUUUAAAGUACAUCAAUGAUUUCGCAACACAUUUUAAUUUGCUACCUCACAUUAAGUUUUUCAAGAAUAUAACCAAAAUCUGCCCACUUGAAAAAGGACGUUGGUCCGUGGAGGUAAGAGAUCUUAAAUUAAAAUCAUUAGAGAUCAAAGAAUUUGAUGCUAUUUUUGUCUGUGUUGGAAAUUACUCAGUUCCUUCGAUGCCGACAUUUCCAGGAAUAGAAAACUUUCAAGGAACGGCAAUUCACAGUUGUUGCUUCCGAAAUGCAGACAAUUUCAAAAAUCGAAAAGUACUGAUUGUAGGCUCUGGUCCAUCUGGAAGAGAUAUUGCUACACUAAUACAAGAAGUUUCUGAAAACGUAAUUCUUUGUCACAGGAGUCCUCUGAAUCCAAAGGAUAUGAUACCAACGAACAUUAAGAAGAAACCUGAAAUUCAGAAAUUUAAGGAGCACUCGGUUGUAUUUAAAGAUGGAUCAGAAGAAAUUAUUGAUGACGUGAUAUUUUGCACUGGUUAUCUCUACUCGUAUCCAUUUCUUUCAAACGAUUGCGAAAUCAAAAUCGAAAAUAGAUGGGUGAAAUAUCUGUACAAACAAGUUAUCAACAUAAAUCACCCGACAAUGGCAUUUAUUGGUGUUCCUUUUGGAAUAUUUCCGUUUGUUAUUUUUGGAGUUCAGAUUCGGUUCUUUCUGGCAUAUUUGGCAGGAAAACUGUUAAAAAGCAAAGAAAAAAUGAUGGAAGAUCUCUUAAUCUACAUGAAUAAAAGAAAAGAGCUAGGAAUACCAGAUACCAAGGCGCAUUUUUUAGGUGUUACACAGGGUGAAUACAUGGAUGAUUUAGCAGAAACAGCUAAUAUUAAGAAAGUGCCUGACGUUUUUAUAAAGAUAUAUAAAUACGUACAUGGAGAAGGAAAAGGAAACAGAAAUUUGUCGUUUAAAAUAAUUAAUAACAACGAAUUUAAAAUAGUAAAUCAAAAUGCAGAACUUUUGUAAAAUUAAGAAAUAAAGAUAUAAUUACGUUUUAA